AUGGAGGAGCAGGAGCAUACGGCAUCGCGGACGUUCUACGACCUGGUCGGGAUCUCGGCGGAGGGGAGCCCCGACGAGGUCCGGGCCGCCUACAGGCGGCUGGCGCUCAAGUACCACCCGGAGAACACCAGCCGCUUCAUCGAGGUUCAGGAGGCCUACGAGACGCUCUCCGACCUGAGCCGCCACGCUAGCUACGACCGCGCGCUCGCCCGCGGCGUCUGCCGCCUCGCCUUCUCCGGGCGCCGUUCCCAAUCCCACCACGCCUACUACCACCACCACCACCAGCAAACGUCUCUCACCCUGAAAUCUGUCCGUAUUCUAAUCGAGGCCACAGGGGGUGUUUGCAGACUUCAGAUCCUUGAUCUGUACCUGAGAGGACUCAUCAGUUCUUCAGGGAUGUACGAUCUGGCUCCUAUUAGUACUUCAUCUGUCAUUUGA